AUGCCUCCCAAAAAGCGCAGUGCGCCAUCCGCCGGAUCGGCGCCCAAACGAGCGCGCCAGUCCAAACUCGCCAAAGAAAACGACCUGACCGGGGAAGAAGAGAACGAGAUCAAAGAAGUCUUCCACAUCUUCUCGACCACGAAUGAAGAAUUCCAAAAUGAGAAGGAAGGCGUGAUACCCUGCGAAGACGUUCGCAAAGCCUUGGUAGCCCUCGGCCUAUCCCCUUCCACCUCCUCCGAACUAAACUCCAUCCUCUCCGCCCUCGACCCCACAGACACCGGCUUCGUACCAUACGAACCCUUCCUCUCCGUCGCAGCCGCGAAGCUCCGAUCCCGCAGCGAAGACGCCAUGGUCGCCGAAGUAGACGCCGCGUUCCAGCUCUUCACGAAGGGCUCAGACGGCCCGAUCACAAUGUCCCAUCUGCGGCGCAUCGCGCGCGAGCUGAAAGAGGAAGGGCUCGGCGAUGACCUGUUCCGGGAUAUGAUCUUGGAGGCGAAUGGCGGGGCAGGCGUCCAGGCGGGGGUGACGUUGGAGCAGUUUCAUGAUGUUAUGAUGAGGGCGGGCGUUUUUUGA